AUGUCGGCCUCUAGCUCCCGGUCGGGCUCUGCCCAGCACACAGCAGCGACGACGCCCCGCUCCUCACCUUCUUCGUAUCAGGGUCCUUGGACUAACGACGUGCCGAGACCCAAGGGCAACCGGUCGCCCGAAGUCGACCUAACGACCGCAGUUCCUGCCAUCGCCCACAGCUUCCCCUCUUCGGGAAGCGCCAGCGGGAGCCAGACGGCCGCCGGCUCGACUGACCAGUGGUGGGAGCAUGUCCUGCCGCCGGGUCAGUUGGCCGAACGCCUGAGGCGCGCACAGAUGUCUUCCGACGCGCGAUCGAGCACGGCCGCGAGACGGUUCAAGACACCGCUCGCUGGCGCCACGCCCUCGGAGCGCAAGGUCUGGAAGGGCUUCUCGGAGCUCGACCAGGGCGACACUGUCCGCCGUCGCGGCGCAUCCCACCGCGUCGACAGGUCUGCCCGCAGCAGCGCCCAGACCAGCGCCGAGGCGUCGAGCGACGAGAGUGCCAGCCACUCGGAGCAGCACAGCCCGGACAGCAAAGUCUCGAGCCUGGGUCACUACGACGACCUGGUCGGCACCUUUGACGCCGAGCGCUACUGGUCCGGCCUUCGGGGCGAUCCGGCCCCACGUUCGUUUUCGCGUUCAGGCUCUGCAAGGCGGGCGCGCGUGCACAGCGAGGACGGCCUUGGGCUCGGCAUCGCCUCGACCUCGACAGCGGCCAAUACGCACAAGGGCUCGCAGCACGCGCAUCUGCGGCACUUUGGCUACAGCGGCUUCGUCUCGCCGACCCUCUCCGACACGCCCGAGGUCAGCUCCAACGACGAGUCCGAGGAUCGGCACAGCACCGCCACCACCACGGCGGCAGCGACCCCGACGACGACGACAACGUUCACGACCACCUCGCGCCACAGCCGCACCGUCAGCAUGACUUCUACGGUCAGAUCGGGCCAUACCUACGCCCAGCCUCCGGCCAUACUGCGGUCGCACUUUGAUCGCUCCGAGGACGGCGUCGAGUCCAUCUACGACCCCGGCAGCGGGCGUGAUCGCUUCGCCACCUCCGAGCGCAUCAGGCACGUCAGCUUCGAUGGCGACCUGCGCGACGUCGCCAAAGCCACAGCCGCGGCUGCGGCCAUGUACCGCUUCCCGACUGCCGCUUCGCAGCCCAUCCACUCUGCCCACGAGCGGCCCAGCCACUUCCGAGAUGGCUGCGAUGCCUUCGAAGGAUUCGCUUCGCGCUCCAACAGCACGAGGCGGUCGAGGCACGGCUUCCGGUCCGGCGGCCACCACCACCGCGCUUCGAGCUACUCGGCCCCGGUCAGCCCGCGCGGCUCGAUGCAAUUCCACGGCUCCGCCACCGUAUUCGGCGGACCGCCGGCUUCUCGAUCGUCGGCGGGCCACCGCCGCGCGAGCUCGAUCCCGGACGUCGCGCUGCUCGACAGCCUCAACGUGGCGCAGAACCAGCUGGCGACCGCCGGCAACCUAGCUGCCACUCUGACGAGGCAGUUGUCGGCACCGCUGCGGCCCGUCUUCCACCUCACCCUCUUUCUCAGCAUUUCGAGCAUCACGCUCGUCUCGCUCGCCUGCUUCCUGGCCGCCGGCUACUUUUUGACGGCCUGGGACGACCUGGCUACCAAGCGACAGCGGGUGGGCGCGGCCGCCGGCAGCGCGCGCAAGAACCUCGGCGCCACGGUGGCGUGGGGCAUGCACAUGCUGUCUGACUCGCCAUCCCCCGCUUCCAGGAAUCGCAGGCCGCAGAAGCCAGCCUCCGAAACCGACGACGCAAACGCCGACGGCUACGACAUCCCAGGGUCGUCCGAGCAGGCCCGCAGUCGAACUCAUCGGGCAUGGCCCGUCAGCUUCGCCCUUGCCAGCGCGUCGGCGGUCGCAUGCAGGGUCCUCCCCAAGCCCCUGUACGAGGCCAUGGGCUUGUCCUCCACGGGCUUCGCCGGUGGCGACCGCCCGACGAUGCCACGGGGCACCCGUCCUCGCGAAGCCGGUACCAGGCCCUCGCCUGCGUCGACGUCGCGCCUGCCUCCCCGACCGCCGCUGUCGCUCUUGCUGCCCUCGAUCUUCUUCACGCUGCUGAUCGCCGUCGGCGCCGGUCUGGCCAGCUUCUUUGCAUCUCGACGCGCCGCGGCCGCCUCUGCCGGCGCUGGCGAGGCGAGCUUCCCGAGGUCUGGCUUCGCAUCGCCGCGCGACACGGGCGACCGCACGCCUCCGGACCUGGCCUCGACGGCCUUUUUCCAGCCGCAGCCCAGCGCAGCCAUCGGCCGCAGCAACAGCGGCGGCGGUGCUGCCAUGCACGACCGGAGGCGCAGUCGGACAGCCUUCAGCCCGUCGCUGGACAGCGGCUUCGAGCGCUUCGCCGCCGCCACGUCCGCCUCGCCCAUCUUGGCUCCCCACGCUUGA